AUGUGGUAUGAAGUCGACAUUGUCACCGUCUACUUCUUUGUUUGGCAAUUCGUUUCUCUUAUUUAUAAAUGGCUUAAUCAAGAUUUAUCUUAUCUUUCUCAUACUGUUCAUCAAAAAGCGACUUGUUUAUCGAUGGCAUUUUUGACAUUUUUAGUAUAUGAUGUCCUAUUACGACUUAUGCCCACAUAUCUCGGUUAUGUCUACCUGUGGCUAAUGUCUGUACUAGACAUUAUCACAUCUUUGCAUCCAAUAUAUGGUAUGUAUGAUCCUGUAGCAAAAUCAAUAGAGGACGCUGUGUCGUUUGAUUAUCCAACUGCUCCAUACGGGUUCUAUUUCUCAAAGGAUAUCAAUGAACUGAACGAUGAUGUAGAAUACAAGGAUGAGUACACUUCAAUCAUUGGAUGGGGUGACUUUUUUGCCUACGAUCUCUUAUUGUUAUUGGUUGCAUCUACAAAUUCUUCGAUUACAAUAAGAGCGUGCAUCGCGUUCGGCUGUAUAAUUAGCGUACAACUCGGUGAUAUAUGUACUCGUUUCAUAGAUUCGAAACUUGAUUCUAACGGCUUACCAGGUGUACCUCUUUCAACGAUUUUUGUCAGUGGCUAUGCCAUUGCCGUUAAGGCCAUCAUUGAAUAUUUAAAUCUUGACUGUUAG